AUGGAUGUGGAGGGGUGCGCGACGACGAUGCUGCUGCUGCUGCUGACCAGCAUGUUCUGGCUUUGCCAGCCUCUCCUUCAGGGGUCCUCCUUGUUCGCCGCCGUCCAAAAUUGGUACAACGGCCUGCCUUUAUGCACCAAGGCCACGUUUUCGCUCAUCAUGGGGAUCUUCAUCGUACAGCUACUCACGGGCUGGUACGGCAGUCAGUCUACGGCUGUAUCGCUUGUACCUCAUGCCGUACUGUACGAUUACCAGGUCUACCGGUUCUUCACCGCCGUACUCGUCCACGGGGGACUUCUCCACGUGACAUUCAACAUGUUGGCCUUCGUGCCCAUCGGCGCGAGCCUGGAGCGGGCAGCGGGGACGUGGCAGCUGCUUCACUUCAUGUUGCUCAGCUGCUUCUUGGAGGGCGUCAUCUACGCGGUGGUUUCGGGGCUGCUGGCGGCGAGCGGUCUGGUCCACGGGGCGCUCUUCCACGGGGCAGUGGGCUUCUCCGGCGUCAUCUUCGGACUGCUGGUGUGGGACUCCGCCCUGCUUAGCAGCUCCUCCUCCUCCUCGCACCGAAGCAUAUUCGGUUUGUUCCAUGUGCCGGCUCCCUGGUACCCCUGGGUGCUGCUGCUGCUGUGCCAGCUGAUGUUGCCGGAGGCCUCAUUGCUCGGGCAUCUGGCGGGGCUGCUGGUGGGUCAGUUGUGGGUGUGGGGCUACCUGCGGCCCCUGGCGCUGCCGCGAUCGGCCGUGUUGUGGCUGGAGCAGAGCUCACCGCUGGCGUCGCGCUGCGUACGGCUGCCCAGCUUCGUCACCAUGCCCAGCUCAGGGCUGCCGUACAGCACGUGCUGCGAAGCCGCCGCAGGCCGGGGGGCCGGGGGCAGUAACGGCAGCGAGGGCGUUCGCCUUGGCGCGCUGGGCCGUAAUCUUCACUCGUUGGGGAAGCUGUUUCGCAGUGGGUUUAGUGGCGGUGGCGACGUGGGAGGGAGUGGUGGUGGUGGUGGUGGUGGCGGUGGUGGUGGUGAUGAUGUCGAGGCGGCCGGGGCAGAAAUGCAGUACUAUGCGGUAGCGGAAAUUCUCCGCCGGAGAAUAGCGGGUAUUUACCCAGGGGUGGACAUUGUGGGAGACGGGAAAUAA